AUGGACUACGACAGAAAAUCAACUGUAUCUUCAUUCUAUGGAGGACGCAGAGGCUCAUUUGAUGCCCUAAAUCAUUCACAAUCUCCCGAUUACGCUCCAUCUGGUCGUCCACGAGAUGACGCUUCUUCCUUCUAUGCUGAUCGACAACCACGGGCGAGCCAUGAAAUGUUAACGGGUGGACAAUCCGCAGGGUACAACGCAUCAUCUUUUUUUGCCGCCGGGCGCCUAGAACCGCUGAAAGGCGGACGUGACGAGGAAGAAGAGGCUCCGGAAGCUCAGACCUGGGAUGUUUUUGCAGACUUCAACAACACCGGCCCAAGAUACAGCACUGCUUUUGGCAUCGGGCAACAUCAAGAAGCAGGCUAUCAUCAGCUCCCCCCACCUCCACCUCCGCCUGGUGCCAAGACCGAGGGUGAUGCUGACAGUGCUCACACUCCCGUAGAGCUGGUUACGGUACCUGCACUCGGUCCGGAAUGGCAGCUAACCGAGAUGAAAAUCAUGACGAAGUCGGGUCGACGAGAGAUCAAGAGUGAGAAGCGAAAAGAGAAGUGGAAAGCCUGGCAUCGUGGGGAGACGGGUUUGUGUGGAAAAUGGUUCACCAAAAAGUUCCUUGCUUUCUUCAUAUUCAUGUGGGCCGCCAUCAUUGGCACUCUCCUCGCAAUCACCAUCCCUCGGGUACCUGGUCUGUCAAUCAACAACUCCACACCUCUAGUUGCCGCCACUGGGAGUUAUAAUGCUUCAAUUCCAACACAAUUCUCCCGGUAUCCAGCCAAUUUCUCAUUUCCAGCGUACGCAGAUAUUCAAGUUGACACCACCGCUAAUAUCAUCCCCCUUACCUUCAACUACAUAUCUGCAGAAGUAUGGGAUCCGACUACGAAUCUGCAAGUGGGCACGGGGUACUUUGGAAAAGAUACCCUCCCGGCCAAGGCAUAUCCCAAGAUCCAGAUUCCACUUAACUUCUCGUAUAUUGCACCAAAUGACACAGAUCCGACGUGGAAUGAGUGGUAUAAUGCCUGCAAGAAUGUUGGACUUUAUGCUAACGGAACAAGGCCAGGCGUAAAUUUCCAGCUCAUUCUCACGAUGGGUAUCGCCGGGCUGCCGUCAAAGCAGUCCCAAUCCACACAGGUGGAUGCGGCCCCUUGCCCUAUUGAGCUGUCCAUCACUGCAGACUGA